ACAACAACGAACCGUUGUGAGCACAGUGGUUAAAGAAAUAAGAAAAACAUAAAGAAGAAGACGCAAAGGGGCAACAACAGCAGCAAAGCCAAAGAAAGCGCAAUCAAAAUGUCGACAACAGUGGAACAGCCGUCCACCGAUGCGCACACAGCACAGGGUGCGCUGACAGCAACAGCAACAGCAACAGUAACAACAACAGCAGCAGCAGCAACAGUUGCUGCAACAUCCGCGUCAUCCACAGAAAUUGAGCAACUGCAGCAGGCGCUGCUCGAGAAGCAAACGCAGCUCUACGCUUUGGAAACAGCUUGUCUGCGCGAAACGGAGCGUCAGGUGGAGCUGGAGGAUAGUGUGAUUGCGUGGCAGGACAAAUACGAUCGACUCUACGAGUCGCACAAGCGCGUGCAGAAAGUCAAUCAGAGUCUGGAGGACAAAAUGCUCAAGCUAGUCGAUCGCAACACCAACGAGCGAGCACAGCUCACCAGCGAUGUGGCCACGCUCAGCGUGCGAUUGGCCCAGGCCAACUUCAAUAUUGCCAAGCUGCAAAGGGAAAUCGAACGCUACAAGGCCGACAUUAGUCUUGCCAUACAAUUGCUGCAAUGCAAGCCGGACAGUUUUGUGCCCCAAAAGGUGUCCUCGCUGCCAAUUGAUAUUCAGUCGAAAGUUUCGGCCUAUAUGCGGCUGGAGACGAACUCGCAUUCGGACUCGGAGUGCAGCAAUAGUGGUGUGGGCGUGGCCACCACAGCUUCCUAUAAAGUGCUUCCGGUCUCGGACUCACCCCCGCCAGCGCCAUGCCCCUUCCCGCCCACGGCCAUGGUAUACUCGAUGCGGGGCCUCGGUAAGUACGCCACUAAUGGCAACUCAGCCAAUGCACAAACAACGCCAGCCAAGAGCAACAACAACAACAACAAUAAUACUAACAACAACAACAACAACAACAGCAGCACAAAGGACACAAUCAACAAUAACAACAACAACAACAACAAGCUCAGCUCGAAAUUCAGCUCCAGCCAAACGCUCAAUGGUCAAACCAAGACCAAUAACAACAACAACAAUGCUGAUCCAGACAUGAUUUCACCCACAGUGAUGGCCAAAUUUUUGGAGGAUGAGCUGAAAUUGAACGAUGUGAAGCAUUGCGACACUUGCCAGUGCAGCAAACAGGAUCUGACCGUGCUGGCAGACGUCUCCCGUUCCUAUACGGUGGCCACCCAGACGCCCCACACUGAGCGCAGCCUGAACGAGCCGCUGACUCAGCUCUGCCUGCGCUGCCACAGCAAUCUGAAUUCGCCUUCUAGGACCAAUAGUCCCUAUCUGAUGAAGCUGGUGAAGAGCAGCGAUUCGGUCAUAUCGGAAACGAAGAGCUCCGUCUCGGAUCUGAAUGAGAUGGACAAGCUGUUUACGCCGCCCAAGAAGGAUGAUCUCAUGGUCAAUCCCAUCUUAGGCCAUCACAGGCUGUGCGAGCGCACGGCGACCUCGACCUCGACGCUGAUGUAUCCAACCACCCAUCUGGGCGCCUAUGCGGCCGAGAAGUAUCUGCUGGAGUCGAGCAAUCUGGGGCAGCUGCGCCAGGGCAAUGCCACGACUGCGGCUACGGCAUAUCAGCGACGCUUUCUCGAUGGCGGUGGCACGGCGCUGCAGCUGCUCAACAAGUUUGAGGGCGUCGGCUCAGCUGCGGCGGCGGGGGCUGAGGAGCUGGAGGAUGAGGUCAGCAAACCACUGCUGGCGGGCAUUUCACAGCCGAGCCUGCUGGAGGGCGAGCAGCCGCCAAGCACACAGCCCACCAAGCCCGAGGAUGUGUGUGAGCCGCAGCCAGUGAAGCCAGCUGUGGCCAUUGUGGCAGCCGGAACAGCCGGGACAGCUGGGACAGCCAUGACAGCAGCAGCUGCUGCUGCCAGCUGCUCCUCCCAGCUAAAGUCAACGAACUCGGGCAGCGUGCAGAGCCUGUGGAGCAACAAGACCAGCAGCUGCGAGGGCGCCAAAAUGUUUGAGACCUUCAAUCGGAAUCUCAUCAAGACUAUUAAGGCCGAGAAUCCCAAGUAUCGCGGUCCGCGCCUCUGUGCCAUGCGCAUACAGCAGAACGGGCAGAGCAACAUCCUGCUGGACAAUCUGGAGUCGAUUGAGACGCAUGUGCCGGUCAUCUACAAGCGACGCGAGCGCCUGCUGGACGAGGAGCUCGGCGAUGGCAAGGACAUCAUCACCUCCAAGGAGAGCAAUGCGGCGGCAGCGGUUGAGGCCUGGCAGGGCUCGGCCAUGCCGCACGAGAAUGUGGCGCUGCAGCCGGUGCUGGAGCCGCAGGUGGAGCUAAAAGAGACUGAAAAGGGCGGCCCGCUGGAGGGUCAGGUGCUGCCAGCCGAGGCACUGGCCAGUGGAGCAGCCGGUGAGCCGGCCAAUCUGAGUGCAGUGGCUGCAGCCGGUGCAGCAGCUAAAGUUGCAGCUGCUGCUGCCACUGCUGCUCCGGCUGGCUCGCCCAAGCACUCGGCCAACUCGAGCUCCCUGAGCGAUGCCAUCGACUACCAGGAGAGCGUCCUGCUGCGGCGCCAGCAGCUGAAUCGCGUCGCCGAGUGGGUGCAGCACAACACGCAGCAGCUGGAGCAGCGCGCGCUGCAGCAGCCGACGUUGCCCAGCGACUCGAAUUCGGGCACGGAGCGUCAGUCGUCGUACUCCACGUUGGAUCGCAUGGACUCCAUAUCCAUAGAGAAGCUGAGCGUGGACUCUGGCUACAAGACAACGCCACAGCAGCUGACCAAUGGCUAUGCGGAUGCGGGCAAAUCCACGGAGGACUCCCUCUCGCCCAAGACAGACAUCACCAGCAAUUCGCUGCCCGAGCCGACGACCGUCAGCCAGGCGGCCGUUGCGGCAGCGACUGUGGUCACCAAGAAGGCGGAGCUCUGCACCACCUACUACAGGCGCACCACGCGAUCCGGCCUGCCGGUGGCCUACACCACGACGAUGGUGCCAGCCGCGGCCACGCCCGCCGAUUCGCAGGGCUGCUCGUCGUCCGGCUCGCCGGCCCUGCAGUGCCCCGAACAGCCCACGUGUGAUAUACUCAACUACAAAUACUAUCCCAAUGACACGGACAAGACGCGCUCCGUGCAGGCCGAGCUGCACACGACCACACAGCACGUGGACAUCGCCCAGAUGGAGUACAAUGUGAAGCAGUUUCUGCUCAAGCAGAACGAGUGGUCGAUGCGAGCGGAGGGAGCAGCUGCAGCAGCAGCAGCAGCGGCAGGAGGUGGUGGUGCUGGUGCAGCUGGCGGUCCCAGCGGUGCACGUCUGUUGCGCCACACGCGCCUCAUGGGACCCGGCGUGGGUGAGCGAGUGCGCAUGGCCACGCCCGGCGGUGCAGUGGCUGCCGCGCCAGGUGUCCUCGCUCCGCACAGAACUGAAACGAAUUUAUAGGCCAGCGGAUGGACGAAGAGACGGACGGAUAGAUGAAUCGAUGGAUGGAUGGAUAGAUGGAUGAAUGGAUAAACCAAAUUGUAUUCUAGUUUAGCGCCAGAUACUAACCAGGAGCAAUGCUUAUAAGAGAAUCUUUAAUUUAAUGAGUACUAUAUAGUUAAUGUACGAUAUAUAUGUAUAUGUAUGUAUUACACAUAUACACAUAUAUGUAUAUGAAUAUGUCUGUAAUACAUUAGAGUACGUUUAAGCUAGCUGAGCAGUCGCAAAGUUGCGCUUAUAAUGCAACUAAAUGGACAUCGUGGCAUUGGACAUAUUAUAUAUACACAAUAUUUAGGUUUAUACACUUGGAGAAAUAGUCGGAUAUUUCGUAAUUGAAUAUUAUAUGAGAGUAUAACAAUUUCAAAACAAAAACUUCACUGAACUAACUUUUGUUCUUAAAUACUUAGUUCUUAGGAAAACUAUAUACAUAUUCAUUCUGGGACAAGUGAAAUCUCACAGAAACAAUCAGAUGAUAUAAUAUGCUAAAAUUUUUUUCGAACUGCACUAUUACGUAUAAAUUUCUUAGAUAGAAAAACUAGAAUCUCGCUUAAAAAUUGUUUUGUAUUUCAAGAUAUCAUCUCCCCACUUGAUUCUUUGCAGUUCUAAUUAAGUUUUGUGAUAUUGAGACAAACUAUUGCUUAUAUUAGGCUACUAUAUCGUAUAGUUAUCAUAAAAACUAGCAAACAAAAUAUACGUUUUUAUAUUCCUAUGCGCUAUUCAAACUAUUCAAACUGCUAGAAACUAUCUAUUAUAAUUGGAAGACUAUAUCAUAUAGGAAAAAUUAUAAUACUUGUUUAGACCUUUACAAUCUGCUGUACUCGUAUGACUUCUUUAUCAUAUCUGCUAAGUUUGGGAGCAUUUAAAAAAAAAACAACAAUUAUAUUUCCACGACUUUUUCUCCGAGUGUAACUCAUUCUUCUUCGUAUGACUUCAGUCUUCCCUCUGCUGUAUAAACUGUACAAACUAAACUAUAGAGCAAGCUUUUCACAUCUAUCAACUAUUCCACUCACACACACACACAGACAAGCCGAAUUGUAAGUCUUCCCUUCGAUACUUUCUCUCAGCUCAUAACUCUGCCCAGCGCCACGUUGAUCCAGCUAGUCCAAAGCCUAUAUAUAUAUACCAUAUAUAUAUAUGAUAAAAAAAAAAAAAACAUAUGAUUAUUCCAUAUGAUAUUCAAAUUUUCGCAUUACCUUUUGGUGUCUGCAUGUUAAUCAAUCCAUUUAAUAUACAACCAUAUAUAUAGAUUUAUAUAUGUGUAUCUGCCUAGGCUAUAUAUAUAUAUAUAUGUAAUUUGAUAAGCGCAUUAUAUUUUCUAGAUUCCAAUUGUGCAAUAUUUGUUAUUAGCGAAAAACCAAAAAGGAAAAUUAUAAACAACAAAAAUAAAUGAAAAACGAAAUUUUUAUUUUUAUAAAAUGCGACCAAAAAAUGAAAGUGAAAAGAGAAAACAAAACAUACCGAAGCUAGAAAAACAAACCUAUUCGAAAUUUCUAUAUAUGUAUUUAUUAAGUUGGAAUAAAGCCGCCAAGAACCUGCCUAAUGUUAGCUUCUAUGAUAUAGCAGCCGCUCUAUAACUAACCUAUAUACAAGUGUACUGUACCUUCUUAGUAAAAAUUUGCAGCAACUGUACUCAUUCCUGCCCAUUAGAUGACCUUCAUAACACACUCACACACACACAUAUAUAUACACAGCUCUAUUCUUAUAUAUAUAGAGAAAGAAAUGUAAUCUUCAGUCAACUAACAUUUGCAUACGUAUCUGAACACACACACAUACAUAUAUUUACACACACAUAUAUAUAUAUACAUAUAUACCGCAAUCAUAUUCAGAUAUAUAUAUAUACACGUAUAUCCACGUAUACCCGACCCACAUAACUUUCAAAGGCUUCAAAAACACUUAUCUUAUAAUCCAUCCCAUAUUCAAAUCAAAAUUUCGUCAAAAACAAAUGCCUAUUUACUCGUCUAUAUUUACAUAACAUGCAAUACAUACAUAUAACUCCACAUAUACAUACAUAUAUGACUCACAUAUAUAUGACCUAUACACUGAGCGAAAUGCAAUAUGCUGAAAUGCUUUAAUACUGUUAUGUUUGGCCUAAUUCUAAACGUUUAAUUAGAUCGAAUUCACACAUAUAUAAAACUUACUAUUAUCUACUUAAUAAACUGCUUGAACUUAUCUAAAGUUUUGACUAUCUGAACAAUCUGUUGCAGAUACCUAACUUAAUUCGUAUAAUUUCAGCUAAGUUUGUUCAAUCAAAAAAAAAAAAAAAAAAAAAAAAAAAAAAAAAAAAAAAGAAAAACACAAAGACUUGAAAAUGUUCUUCGAAAGACACGUAAAGAUUAUAUGAAUAAAUCCAAACACAAUCAAAACUAACAUAUACAGAACCCAAAUCUAUGCUAAAACUCAUUCAACUCGCUGCUCAAAGAUGAAGAAGAAGAAGAAGAUGACAAAUUUCCAUUUUACCUUUUAGUACACUGCUCCAAAAGUUCCCCCACUAUCCCUCCUCCCCACAUUAAGCUAUGCAUUUAACUUUAAGUAGAAUUAUUUCCCAACAAAUUUUCGAGCUCAAAGAACUUUUUGAAAAGGCAGCCUACGAUUAUUAGCAAAAAACAAAUUUGAAAUGGAAUUUCGAAAAACAAGAAGAAGAAGAGAUAACUUAAAAUAAUAUAAACAUAAUUUUAGCGCAAAUAUUUGGGCAUAAGUUGUUCCUCUCGAACCACCACCCCCUUCUCCCCGCCCCCUCCCCGCACUCCCAGCUUAGUUCUAAGUGGUUUUUUGCUGAGUAUUUAUUUUGUAAGCUCCCAUCCUAAUCUAGCCUUAUAUAAUAUAAUGAUUAUACUAUAUAUAUAUAUGAGUGUACAAUAUUUUGCGCCUAGUUUGAUAUAAACAAUUUUUGAGCUAUCGAACCACCUUAAUGUGUAACAACUAAACAAAAAGCGAAACAAAUUAAAUAAAUACGAAAUAAUUUUUGACAAAAA